AUGAGGCUCUAUUUGAUUCUCCUUCCGCUCUUAAUUCUGAUAACGUGCACGGAUCUGUCAGAGGUGGAUGAAGUUCCAGUGGAGGUCAUCGCUGACAGCUCCCCCUGCAGCGCUACCUGUGGACUGGGGAUUAAAACCCAAACCCUCUGUUUGCUCAAAGACAGCAAGACCGCACUGGAGGAUCAAGCAAAGAUACCACCCACUCAGCAGGAGUCAGAGGACUGCCGGGUCCGUAAAGUGAGGUGUCUGGAGUCCUGGCAGUGUGGACUGACCACCAUGACGGUCAUGUCGGGGCAGAAAGUGGAGAUCGACUGUCUGGGAGAAGUGAUGGAGGCGAUGGGAAGGUUCUCCUGGAGGGUGUCGUGGCGCUACGCCAGAGGCAUAAUCACCUCUGACGACUCCCUCUUCCAGCGCUGGGAGGCCCCCCAUCUGGACCGGGUGGUCAUGGAGUCGGUCAGGGAGGAGGACGCAGGUACCUAUCGCUGCGAUGUGCAGGACACCAGCCUCCGGAGAGUGAAAAGGAUCUACUGGGGGGUCAGGGUUUUACCCAUUGGGAUUUUCAGCCUGGACCUGCAAAGCUCUGUGGCCCGACAGGAAAAAGCUGAAAGUCUACAGAAGAUACCUGCAAUGGAAGUGUUGCUUUAUCUGGAGCGCCACCCGUUCCAUAAAACGCACCGGAUGGACAAAUGGGAUCCCAGCGGUCAUCACCUCACAGGGUACCGUCCAGGGUGUCCCCCGCCUCUGGCCCACUAUCAGCCCUACUAG